GGCUCUUCAGCUGCGGUGUAUCUUCCUCUGCCAAUGCCUUCUUUCAAAGCUUUGUCAGAACCAGCCGGAUCGCUCCUUACUGGAGCGCAGGAAUAGCCUCAGGCUUUUGUUGGCUCACCAGACUGGGGCGUAGGAAGAGCGAGAUGAAAUGGGAAGGGGACGGGAGGACAAAGAUAGCCUGCUUUUUUAUCUCCGGAAAGAAGCAAAACACGAAGGCUGACACACGAAAUUCAGCCUGGGGACAGCCAGCCGGACGGUCACCAGAAGGGGAAGCCGCGAGUGGAGGUGGAGGAGGGGAGGGGCCAAAGGGAGGCAACUUCAGUGCAGGUGACACCAAGUUCAGCUGGGCGGGGUCGGGUUCGGUUUUCCUUCGGACCUGGCUUUCUUCUGCGCCGGGAGGCCGUGGGGAGGUUAAAACCAGCAGCCAGGGAGAGUCGCCGUUCUGAGCGAAAGGGAGCCGGUGAGGACCCUCGCGGACGAAAGAGCACAGGGAGCAAAAUGCACCUGAAGGACAAAGUGGCUCUGGUCACCGGGGCAGCUCAGGGCAUAGGCAAAGCGUUCGCCGAAGCCCUACUGGAAAGGGGCUGCAAGGUAGCACUCGUGGAUCUGAAUGCAGAUGUAGGCAAAGCCAGCAAAGAUGCCUUUGAUAAGCAGUAUGAUCCACAGAGAACUAUCUUCAUUCCUUGUGAUGUUUCAAAUGAAGAAAAACUUAAAGAUGCAUUUAAGAAUACAAUUCAACAUUUUGGAAAUCUGGAUGUUCUGAUUAAUAACGCUGGAGUGAAUGAUGAAAUGAACUGGGAAAACACAGUCCAAAUCAACUUGAUUUCAGUGAUUAGAGGAACAUAUAUUGGAUUAGAGUACAUGAAAAUCGAAAACGGUGGCAAUGGAGGGGCUAUUAUUAAUAUAGCAUCAUUAGCAGGACUAUGGCCGGUUGCAUACCAACCAGUGUAUUCUGCUUCAAAGCAUGGGGUAAUUGGAUUUACACGUUCAGUGGCUCUGGCUGCUACAGCAAAAAAUUAUGGUGUGCGAAUAAAUGCUAUCUGUCCUGGUUUUGUCAACACACCAAUUCUUCAGACAGCUUUCAAGGAAGAAAAUAUGGGUUUAUAUUAUUCAUUCGAAGAAGAAAUCAAAGAGAAGAUGGAAUACUAUGGAAUUUUGGACCCAUCACUAAUUGCUGAAGGACUGAUAAAAUUUCUUGAAGAUGAUUCAUUAAAUGGAGAAGUUAUGAAGAUUACAAAAAAAGGGAUUCAUUUUCAUGAGUAUUGACCACUACCAUAAAAAUAAAGCUUACUAUUUUUUUCUUGGAAUAGUUCAUAA